AUGGACCAUGGCUACAACUAUGAGGUGUGUAAAGAAACAGCAGACUGGUUGCGUGCCCGCACUGCCCAGUACCCAAAGACUGCCAUUAUCUGUGGAUCUGGACUGGGAGGUCUGGCAGAUGUGUUGAAUAACAAGACAGUCUUUCUGUAUGAGGACAUCCCUCACUUCCCACAGAGCAUGGUUGCAGGGCAUCUUGGCAGAUUGGUGUUUGGGGAGCUGAAUGGACAGCCCUGUGUGUGUAUGCAGGGACGUUUCCACUAUUAUGAAGGGUACUCUGUCAGCAUGGUUACUUUUCCCAUUAGGGUCUUGUUUCUCGUGGGAGUGGAAAUCCUGAUUGUCACAAAUGCUGCUGGGGGACUGAAUCCCAAUUUCCAAGUGGGGGACAUCAUGUUCAUUAGAGAUCACAUCAGCAUGUUUGGCUUGGGAGGACAGAAUCCACUGCGUGGGUCAAAUGAUGAGAGGUUUGGAGUGAGGUUUCCCUGCAUGUCAGAUGCUUAUGAACAAGACCUGCUUGGCCUGGCAAUGGAGAGUGCUCAGGAGCUAGGCUUUGUGAGCUUCACCCGAGAAGGAGUGUACUGCCAGUUGGCUGGUCCCUCCUAUGAAACCGUUGCAGAGUGCCGUGUGCUGCAGGCACUGGGAGCAGAUGCUGUAGGCAUGAGCACUGUCCCAGAAGUAAUUGUAGCCAGGCACUGCGGCCUCCGAGUCCUUGGGAUAUCCCUCAUCACCAAUAAAGUGGUGAUGAGCUACAACAGCCAAGAGAAAGCCAACCAUGAGGAAGUCCUGAGCAUCUCGGUGGUCCGGGCUGAAGCCUUGCAGAAACUGGUCACACGCCUCCUUGGCAAACUGGGGGAAAGCACAAACCCUCUGUGA